AUUUGGAGCUUCAACUUCCCGAAACUUUUCUAGGUAAAAUCUCUCGGCUCACGGGACUACUCGACACAACUCCUCGACACAAUUCCUCCACACAAUUCCUCGAUACAUUUCCGAGGAAGCUAUGUCUGAUUCUUAUCGUCUCACGCGCGACACAGACGCGCAUUUAUUCAAGAUGACUUGGAGACAUCAUCACUUUACCAUCUACACUAGCCCACCAUGACGGAUGGCAAUGGCUCGAGGUACCAGAACCUCUUCCAAGAAGGCUUCCUGAACGGCCUAGGUGCCAAAAAGAGUCCUAGUCCCGACCAAUCCGUCCAGAUCAACAGUGCUGUGUUGAGUAAGUUCAUGGAGACACCGGCAAUACCGAAGAAGAGACACCACCAACAAGGAACUGAGGAACAUGAUCCAUCCACCAGCUACACGGCAGACCACAAUCUUCUUUUGUCUAACCAGAACCCUCAAACUCACGAGAUACAACCACCAAUUCCCGUACAACAGUUCCAUCCCGAGACAACCACUGUCCCAUUAGCCAUGCCAGCAGCCCCAGAAUCCGUGUUUGCUCAGCUGUAUCACCCACUUUAUGGCCAGCCCAUCCAUGCACACCAUCCGGCCCUGUCCCUGGUCGAUAACAGCGCUCCUGGACCCGAUCUCAUCAUCCAAAACCUCCUCAUGACAGCCGAGUUUUUCACCUCCAAGGCCCAUUCCAUCGUUCUCUCCACCUCUACCUUCAAGGGCUCGCAGGACUACUACAAAAUGAUUAAGAUUGCCAUCAAAGCCUUGGUGAUGUUAUCCAAAAGGUAUGCCAGAUACUUGGACCCAUGGCUCGAGCUGAUCGUAUAUUUCAAGUUAGCAAAAUUGUACUUCACCGAAACAGAAAACAUACACAGAGCAGAGGAGUACAUCAACAGGGCCAUGGCAAUUUCCUCGAGAAAUAACUUGGUCCCCAUCCAAGUUUUGAGCGAGUUCUUGGCUGGCCAGAUCUUGGAGGUAGUGAACCACAACCUCCUAGCCAACUACUUGGACAAUAAGAUACAGCACUACUCCCAGAUGGGCUAUCGUUCCUACUCAGAUAUGUUUCUUCUAUUGAAGCUAAAUAAUUCGCUCGUUACUGAUAUCGAUACGGGAUUAAUAUUGCUCCAAAACAUCAGCCACAACGUGAAUAUCAAUCCUCUCACCCGAUUGUUGGCAUUAAUAUAUCAAAGCAAUUUACAUCUAUACAGGGGCUCACCACGACAUUCAGCAUCGAGCCUAACCGAGGCAGAAUCAAUUCUUAACGGAUUUCCAGUGGGCACUAUACCCACUCAAUUCACAGCAAUGGCAUAUUUACUGAGGUAUCUAAACUCAAUUCAAACGAACGAUAUUUUAAAGGCCAAGGAAUCCAUGCUGUUGAUCAGCAGCUACUUGAACUCACAGCAGAGUUUGGGUUGGAACUUGUGGCAGGAAGAUGGGACUUUCACCAUCAUAACAGGAGACAUAAACUACAAAAUAUGUUGGUUGAGUUCAGAUGAGUUUGUUAUCAUGUUCUACUAUUUGACUGGGGUCCAUCUAUUGACAGAAGUCUCGAAUGGUAAGAAAAAAGCGAAGAAGGUAUUUGACAAGUGCUUGCAAAUCAUCGAAAAACAAUUAAGAGAGGUAGAAGGGCUUUCUGAGAGCAGAAGAAGCUUCUCGAUGCACAAGCUUCAUCAGGUUAGUAUCAGGUUGAGAUAUAUAAAGUAUAAUAUCCACUAUUACCAGAGCUGGAUGGGUUUUCUCAACAAUGACUUCAACGAUAUCAACUACUUGAAUGAGUUUAUGUCAGACUAUAACAAUGAUAAUUUGAAAGAGGACGAGGUAUAUUUCAGGGACUUAUUGCCUAAAGUUUUCUACUUGUUUGCGGCCUACUACCAAUUUAAAGGAGACAUACAGGCAAGCAAGUACUAUUACAUGAAGGUUAGGAAUCUCACGAAUUCUGCCCGUGAACCACUUCUGAACCAGUUGGAUUUGGGAAUUGGAGGAUAUUCCAUCCAUGGGGUAGGUGAGUUCAACGAACUCUUUGUAUACGCCACGCUCCAUCUCUUAAUCCUCAAUGAAUUCGAAGCUGGUGAAAUAUCCAAGGUGUCGCAAGAUAAAUCCAGCAGUCUAAUAAGUGAAUACUUCAAAGUUAGGGGCCAGCUUCAUGCGGACUUGACGAAAGCAUUUGCACCCAAGACCACCUCUAAUGGGUUUGCAAUAAAUUUCACUGGUUCUAACGAUCUUCUAAAGCUUACAUAUCACCUCUUGCUUAACAUCUUCAACGAUAGGGCAGUAUCUGGGGAGCAACAUCAACAACAAGAAAGCACCAACAAAGUUUUAAUUGAACAGAUGGGCCAAAUUAUGGAGAACUUUCGGGACGCUACCAGCUUUCCGUUCAUCACCAACCUCAUCAAUUAUUUGAUCUACAUUGGAACAGACAAUGUUGACCAAAAGAACAAGUCCCUUGAGAAGUGUAUGGCAAUGAUCUCCAUCUCGUCCGGUUCGGAUAACGACCGCAUCAUUAGUAUUUUUGUCUUGAAAAGCUUGAUCCAACAUUUCUGGGAGAGUGGCGAGAAUGACAAAGCAAGUAUGGCUGAGAUGCAAUUGGAGUAUUUUUACAAUACUGUGGGUCCCAAGUUUGACUUCUUGAGAGGUAACAUUGAAAGCUAGUCUGUAUUUCGAACGGAAAAAGUAUUGUAUACAUAGCAUUUGACAUCAGCAUCUGGACAAAGUCAUACCUUCGUUCUUCACUACUCUGGAUCCUAAAAUGUAUCCAAUCUGGCCUCGGAUUGGUUUUGUGAAACCCAUUUGUUUUAGACUAAUAUAAUAAAGUUGCCGGUACUUCUUUAACGUUAAGUUGAAGUAACAUCAUGAAGAUGUCUUGGUCUAUUCCACGAUCCAUGAAUAAUCGUAUGUAUAUUCACAUUGCACAAUUAUUUAAGUAACCAGGUAUUAACACCUGUGAACGAAAUGAAAAACGAUUAUUCUGAUUCAAUAGGAGGAGAUGUUAAUUUUAUAAUGGACCCCCAACGUGCCAUGAAGAUCUUUGUUACUGAGCUCCAAGAUUAGAACUUCUACAGCAAUCAAUAUUUACUAUUCAAUAAAUGUACAGAAUUAUAUAUAGGAAC